AUGUCCAAACAGUUGCAAUUCAAGCUGGUCCUCCUCGGCGAAUCAGCCGUCGGAAAGUCAAGUCUGGUUCUGAGGUUCGUUAAGGACCAGUUUGAUGACUACAGAGAGAGCACGAUUGGCGCCGCAUUCCUGACCCAAACAGUGACGCUGGAGGACCAAACCACCGUCAAGUUCGAGAUAUGGGACACCGCCGGGCAAGAACGAUAUAAGGCUCCAAUGUACUACCGAAACGCUAACUGCGCCGUUGUUGUCUACGAUAUCACACAAUCGGCCUCGCUCGAGAAGGCUAGAACAUGGAUACGAGAACUCCAGCGUCAGGCAGACCCUUCGAUAGUCAUUGCUCUUUGCGGCAACAAAUCCGACUUGGCUGCUCGACGACAGGUCACGGAGGAGGAAGCGAAGAAGUACGCUGAGGAGGAAGGACUCAUGUGGGCUGAGACUAGUGCCAAGACGGGAGAAGGUGUUACGGAAAUCUUCACUGCAAUCGCCAAGAAGCUCCCGCUUACUGCGGCACCCGCCUCGCGGACAGGAGCUGCUCGUCCUGGUGCUUCAAGAGCCGGUGUCGACCUCAACAAACAGGCUGCCCCAGGGCCUAACGAACCUUGCAACUGUUGA